UUCCCCACCUCCCCCGCUUAGCUCAAGGUCUGGAUCGCCACUGCUUUUGCAUUUUGUUUUGGCGUUUUGUACUUUCCUUUGCAUUGCACUGAGUAAGAUAGGUUUGGUGUUUGUCGAAGAGUUCUUGCUAUCUUAUUGUUCUUAUUUUUCUAAAGGAGAGAAAGAGCAACUGAGAUAACUGCUUUUCAUUUCAGUCAACAUGGCGUGCAUUGAUAAGAUUAUCUUGAUGUUUGUCGUUGUUCAAGUGGCGUUGGUUCUGGCCAAACCACACGAGCCUGAAUAUGACGAGAGGCUGUAUCACUCCAACGACGAUAUGGAGGAUUUUCUCUUCAAACGAGCAAUCGACUGCGGCAGUUUCGAUGGCGGUAUAAAAGGCAAAUAUACAAAAAAGUGCCGAUCAUCCUGCAAGUCAGGAGAGCUCGAUCUUUCUGGAUACCGUGGAGCUAAUGACCCGUGUCCGGAGGGGGAGGUGUGCUGCAUGUGCUAUGGGAAUAAAUACUGGCAAGAUACAUAUGGUGGCUGCGAAUUGUCAGAAUGAGUCGGUGCCCAUUAACACUGCCUCCGACGCCGAUAUUGUCUCAACUGGUGGUACAACACAUAAUACUUUAGUUGACCUUCUUGUGUAUUAGAAGAUGAAGUGACAAAUAAAAGCAAUUUUGCCAUAAAAAAAUAUGGGAAAUACUUCUUUGGAUAUGUGGGCAAAACAAGUAACGUUCUGUGAUCCUAGACAGUGGGCAAAAUCAUAGCGGGUGUCGACGUUUCAAACGGAUCAAAUUUUUGCCCAGCUGAAUCUUUAGUAUAGGCAAUUGUAUGAAUGCAAUUGCAGAUUAAUUAGGGAUUUACAUUACGAGUGAUAUUUGAAAAUUCGCGCAUAAUUGCGCUCAUGCUUUGUGUAGAGGACUCAGCUGACGUAAAACAAAAGACAACUAAAGGACAAAAAAAGGAAAACAAUGAC